AUGCAUGAUGACUCUCGGGCUGUUUUUUGCUUGCUUGUUUUUUGUUUUGUUUUGUUUUUUACUGCCGACGCCUUUUUUUAUUAUUUGUUUGUCUGCAAGGAGUCUCUGAGGAAGAGAGGGAUAGAAAGGAAGGGAACAUUCAUGCGACUAGCGGCGAGGCGCGGGGGACUUCUGCUGCGGCCAGGCGGCUUCACACGUUUCGCAUCCUCCACAGGACAGCAGGAGCAGCAGGGAGGGCGUGGGUUUUUCUCCGUCUUUUCCCACGGCCCCCGUAGUCGCGCGGAGCUUUGGGGACUUCUUCUCGGAUGUUCCGUCUUUCCGCUCUCCGUAGCGCUGAUGAAUUGGUACGACAAGCAGAAAGAGGUACCACCGCCGGAGCUUGCGCCCGAUUUCCAGUCGACGCAUUCUGUCAGAAUGACACCCAAGCAGCAGCUGGGCGGUCCAUUCCGGCUGCGUGAGAGUCGCACGGGCGCCUACAUCACCGAUCAGGAACUUUUUCAGGAUCACUGGACACUCCUAUAUUUUGGAUUCUCCAAGUGCGCGGAGGUAUGCCCGACGACACUGCAAUUCAUUGCGGAUGUUAUGAAGGCCUGCGAUGCUGCGACAACAAAAAGCACGGCGCCAGAAGUGGCAAAGUUGCAGGCGGUAUUUUUAAGUAUAGACUCCUUCCGGGAUACACCGGAGGUUCUGGAGAAAUAUGUUUCCAAGUUUGACCCACGCCUUCGGGCCUUGUGUGGCAGCCUGGAGGAAGUGAAACAGGCGGCUAGCGCAUGGCGGGUGUACUACUCUUCCAUUGAAGAAACGGAUGAGGAGCGGAAGUUACGUGAAGAAAAGGGCGUUCCCGAAGUUUUUCUUGACGACACAUACCAGUUUGACCAUAGUAGUGCCAUCUACCUUGUUGGUCCUGAUGGCAAAAUGAAGGACUUUUUCUUUAAGGAGAUGGGACUGGAGGAUGCGGUCAAUAGGCUCGGUGUGCACUUUGAGGACAUCUACGGCUUCAAGGACACAAGAGAGUCAUAG